AUGCGCUCUGUUUCUUCAUUUGUCGCCGCCAUUCUCCUCGCUGGUGGCCAGGCCGCACCUGCUGUCGAGAGCCGUCAAGUCAUCUAUGGAUGCUACUUCAACGGCGACGGAAUCGCCAACCAGUACGUCAGUGUCGGUCACGACAUCGAUGCUCCAGGCAAAAGCGGCAAGACAUGGCACCUUGACUGCGGAACAACUUCCGUUCCCAUUAUCAAAGACGUGUUUGCUAAGUGCACUGUCGACGGAAAACAGCCCUUUGGAAUCACUGGCGUUGACAGCGCGUACGUAUUUCGUGCACCCAUCAAAACUCCAAAGCUAACAUGA